GGCUUUAAUUCAAGCCCCACAAAUCUUUCAAAAAAAAAGCUACUCUGCCCCAUAAAGAGUCUGCUUCCUCUUCUCUUUCCUACACAUCUAGCUCCAUAUAUGCCAAAUGAAGUUCACAUGCCUUUGUUUCUUGUGAAAAAGAUAUAUCUCCUCAACUCUCAUGUUUUACAGUUGGAUCUCCACCAACUCCUUGCUGCUACUCAUUAUCCACAAAACAAAAUUCAUCUUCAACUAUAUGAUAAUGCUCUGAGAGCCGUUCGCUAAAAUCUAAUUUAUUCAAGUUUUUAUAUAUAGAGAAGCCUUUGUAAAACUGUUAUUUUCUCCUGUCUCCCAAAGUUUGCAGCCAUGAAUCCCCUUGUUCUCUUUUUUCUCUCAUUUUUCUUCAUCAACCCAAUGUCUUCGAAGGUUGAACAAUCUAAAAAAACUAGUGCCCAUAUCAGUGUAAUGGGUCUUGUUUACUGCGACAUCUGCUCCAACAACAGCUUCUCCAGACACAGCUACUUUUUACCAGGUGCUGAAGUUAGAAUAGACUGCAAGUUCAAAGCAAGUUGGCCCAAAACCAGAGAGCAGAUAUCGUUCUCAGUGAACAGAACCACAAAUAGGUAUGGAAUGUACAAGCUAGAAAUACCUUCUGUUGAUGGAAUUGCAUGUGCACAAGCAGCCAUUGACUCCUCCUGUGAAGCAAGCUUAAUGUCGAGUUCAUCUAAAGCAUGCAAUGUUCCUGGAUACAAAUCCACAACAAAUGAGAUUGCAAUCAAAGUCAAACAACAAAACCUCUGCAUCUACAGCCUUAAUGCACUGAAUUUCAGACCAUCAAAGACAGAUGUUGGCUUAUGUGGAAAUCGAAAGCCUUGAGUCAUUUACUAUAUGGCUUUCUUUCAAUUUGUCUAAAUCCUAAAUUUUCUCUUCAAACCUUGAAUUCCUUCAUUAAUCCUUCCUUUAAAAUAUAUGCAAUUUCCAUUGCCACCCUAUUCUCCCAAGCCCAUCAAGGUUUGCUCACCUUUUUCUAUUCUGCAGACUAUGCAGAAUCUUGGGAGCUAAUUAUUAGCAGUAUUUUUUUUUUAAUUAUGUUGGUUUUGUUGUAGCUUAUACUAAUAUGUUUGAAUGGUUUGUGCAUGUAAAGUUUAGUGUUUA